AGAAACCAUUCAAAUCUACAGAAUGUGAGAAAAGCUUUAGAUGGAAGUUUCAUCUACUAGAACACCACAAAAUUCACACAGGUGAGACACCACACACAUGUACUGAGUGCAGCAAAUGUUUUACACUAAUGAAUCAUCUGAAAACUCAUAAAAAGAUUCACACAGGAGAAAAGCCUUUCACAUGUACAGAGUGUGGAAAAAGUUUUGCACAAAAGAGUAAUCUGAAAACUCAUGAAAGGAUUCACACAGGGGAAAAGCCUUUCACGUGUACAGAGUGUGGAAAAAGUUUUGCACAAAAGAGUAAUCUGAAAACUCAUGAAAGGAGUCACACAGGGGAAAAGCCUUUCACAUGUACAGAGUGUGGAAAAGGAUUUACAAUAAAGAGAAAUCUGAAAAAGCAUGAAUGGAUUCACACAGGGGAAAAGACUUUCACAUGUACAGAGUGUGGAAAACGUUUUACAGAAAUGAGCAAUCUGAAAACUCAUGAAAGGAGUCACACAGGGGAAGAUCUGUUCACAUGUACAGAGUGUGGAAAAAGUUUUACACAAAAGAGUAAUCUGAAAACUCAUGAAAGGAUUCACACAGGGGAAAAGCCUUUCACAUGUACAGAGUGUGGAAAAGGUUUUACAGAAAUUAAUAAUCUGAAAACUCAUGAAAGGAUUCACACAGGAGAAAAGCCUUUCACAUGUACAGAGUGUGGAAAAAGUUUUGCAGAAAAGAGUGAUCUGAAAAAGCAUGAAAGGAUUCACACAGGAGAAAAGCCUUUCACAUGUACAGAGUGUGGAAAAAGUUUUGCAGAAAAGAGUAAUCUGAAAACUCAUGAAAGGAUUCACACAGGAGAAAAGCCGUUCACAUGUACAGAGUGUGGAAAAAGUUUUGCAGAAAAGAGUAAUCUAAAAACUCAUGAAAGGAUUCACACAGGAGAAAAGCCGUUCACAUGUACGAAUUGUGGGAAAAGUUUUACACGAAUAGAUUGUCUGAAAAGUCAUGAAAUGAUUCACACAGGAGAAAAGCUUUUCACAUGUACAGAGUGUGGAAAAAGUUUUAGAAAAAAGAGUAAUCUGAAAACUCACCACAAAAUUCACACAGAUGAGAAACCACACACAUGUACUGAGUGCGGCAAAUGUUUUACACUAAUGAAUCAUCUGAAAACUCAUGAAAUGAGUCACACAGGGGAAAAGCCUUUCACAUGUACAGAGUGUGGAAAAAGUUUUACAGAAAAGAGUGAUCUGAAAAAGCAUGAAAGGAUUCACACAGGAGAAAAGCCUUUCACAUGUACAGAGUGUGGAAAAAGUUUUACAGAAAAGAGUGAUCUGAAAAAGCAUGAAAGGAUUCACACAGGAGAAAAGCCUUUCACAUGUACAGAGUGUGGAAAAAGUUUUACAGAAAAGAGUAAUCUGAAAACUCAUGAAAGGACUCACACAGGAGAAAAGCCUUUCACAUGUACAGAGUGUGGAAAAUGUUUUUCACAAAUAAGUAAUCUGAAAACUCAUGAAAGGAGUCACACAGGGGAAAAGCCUUUCACAUGUACAGAGUGUGGAAAAAGUUUUGCACAAAUAAGUAAUCUGAAAACUCAUGAAAGGAGUCACACAGGGGAAAAGCCUUUCACAUGUACAGAGUGUGGAAAAGGAUUUACAAAAAAGAGAAAUCUGAAAAAGCAUGAAUGGAUUCACACAGGGGAAAUGCCUUUCACAUGUACAGAGUGUGGAAAAAGUUUUACAGAAAAGAGUGAUCUGAAAAAGCAUGAAAGGAUUCACACAGGAGAAAAGCCUUUCAGAUGUACAGAGUGUGGAAAAAGUUUUACAGAAAAGAGUUAUCUGAUAAAGCAUGAAAGGAUUCAUACAGGAGUAAAGCCUUUCACAUGUACAGAGUGUGGAAAAAGUUUUGCACAAAUAAGUAAUCUGAAAACUCAUGAAAGGAGUCACACAGGGGAAGAUCUGUUCACAUGUACAAAGUGUGGAAAAAGUUUUACAGAAAUUAGUCAAAUGAAAACUCACAAAAGGAUUCACACAGGAGAAAAUCCUUACACAUGUACAGAGUGUGGAAAAAGUUUUAGACGAAUGGAUUGUCUGAAAUGUCAUGAAAGGAGUCACACAGGAGAAAAGCCUUUCACAUGUACAGAGUGUGGAAAAAGUUUUACACAAAAGGGUGAUCUGAUAAAGCAUGAAAGGAUUCACACAGGGGAAAAGCCAUUCACAUGUAUAGAGUGUGGAAAAAGUUUUGCACAAAAGGGUUAUCUGAAAACUCAUGAAAGGAGUCACACAGGGGAAAAGCCUUUCACAUGUACAGAGUGUGGAAAGGGUUUUACAAAAAAGAGAAAUCUGAUAAAGCAUGAAUGGAUUCACACAGGGGAAAUGCCUUUCACAUGUACAGAGUGUGGCAAAAGUUUCACAGAAAUGAGUAAUCUGAAAACUCAUGAAAGUAUUCACACAGGAGAAAAGCCUUUCACAUGUACAGAGUGUGGAAAAAGUUUUUCAGAAAAGAGUAAUCUGAAAACUCAUGAAAGGAUUCACACAGGAGAAAAGCCGUUCACAUGUACAGAGUGUGGAAAAAGUUUUACAGAAAAGAGUAAUCUGAAAACUCAUGAAAGGAUUCACACAGGAGAAAAGCCUUUCACAUGUACAGAGUGUGGAAAAAGUUUUACAGAAAAGAGUAAUCUAAAAACUCAUGAAAGGAUUCACACAGGAGAAAAGCCGUUCACAUGUACAGAGUGUGGAAAAAGCUUUACACAAAAAAGUGAUCUGAAAAAGCAUGAAAGGAGUCACACAGGAGAAAAGCUUUUCACAUGUAGAGAGUGUGGAAAAAGGUUUACACAAAUGGAUUGUCUGAAAACACAUGAAAUGAUUCACACAGGAGAAAAGCUUUUCACAUGUAGAGAGUGUGGAAAACGUUUUACAAAAAAGAGUAAUCUGAAAACUCAUGAAAAGAUUCACAAGGGAAGAAACCUUUAACAUGUUUAGAAAGUAGGGUUGCUACCUUUUGCACAGCCGAUUAUCUGACACUUUGCAAAUGGGCAUGGUUGAGGAUGUGGUUAGGGGUGUGGCUUCACACUACCCUAAAUGGACCUUCCAGACAAAUUUGGAAUCCACGUGUAUGCAUUUCAGUUUUGAGUAGAAGCAUUUUUGUAAUAUACAUGUAUUAGAAAAAAACAUAAUUUAUGUAAGAACUUACCUGAUAAAUUAAUUUCUUUCAUAUUGGCAAGAGUCCAUGAGCUAGUGACGUAUGGGAUAUACAAUCCUACCAGGAGGGGCAAAGUUUCCCAAACCUCAAAAUGCCUAUAAAUACACCCUCCACCACACCCACAAUUCAAUUUAACGAAUAGCCAAGAAGUGGGGUGAUAAAGAAAGGAGUAAAAAGCAUCAACAAAUGAAUUUGGAAAUAAUUGUGCUUUAUACAAGAAAAUUAUAACCACCAUAAAAAGGGUGGGCCUCAUGGACUCUUGCCAAUAUGAAAGAAAUGAAUUUAUCAGGUAAGUUCUUAUAUAAAUUAUGUUUUCUUUCAUGUAAUUGGCAAGAGUCCAUGAGCUAGUGACGUAUGGGAUAACAAUACCCAAGAAGUGGAACUCCACGCAAGAGUUACUAGAGAGGGAGUGAUAAAAUAAAAACAGCCAUUUCCGCUGAAAAAAAUUAAUCCACAACCCAAAAUAUAAGUUUAUUCUCAAAAAUGAAAAGAAAAACUUAAAACAUAAGCAGAAGAAUCAAACUGAAACAGCUGCUUGAAGAACUUUUCUACCAAAAACUGCUUCUGAAGAAGCAAAUACAUCAAAACAGUAGAAUUUAGUAAAUGUAUGCAAAGAAGACCAAGUUGCUGCUUUGCAAAUCUGAUCAACUGAAGCUUCAUUCUUAAAAGCCCAUGAAGUGGAGACUGAUCUAGUAGAAUGAGCUGUAAUUCUCUGAAGCGAGGCUUGACCCGACUCCAACUAAGCUUGAUGAAUCAAAAGCUUUAACCACGAAGCCAAGGAAACAGCAGAAGCCUUCUGACCUUUCCUAGAACCAGGAAAGAUAACAAAUAGACUAGAAGUCUAUUUGCAUUCAUGUCCAUUGCAUUCAAUAGGUGAUACUCCCUUCACAUCCUUCUGACAUUCACUGUACUCUGAGAGGAACCGGGUUUCAAAAUGCUGAGAAGCGCAUAUCAACUUAGAAAUCUUAGCACAAGCUUACUUCACCACCUCCAUAGGAGGCAAAGUUUGUAAAACUGAAUUGUGGGUUUAGUGAGGGGUGUAUUUAUAGGCAUUUUGAGGUUUGGGAAACUUUGCCCCUCCUGGUAGGAUUGUAUAUCCCAUACGUCACUAGCUCAUGGACUUUUGCCAAUUACAUGAAAGUAAUGCUUCUAAUAAAAGUUAUAGUUGUUUCAAAAGUGUAUUUAAGUAUGCACCAUGCACCAGCAUUUUAAGCAGGGCACUUGCUCAGAGAUCCUAAGUUGCUUUUACCAUCUGGUAAUGACUCAAUUUGUUCAUUGCUGAUAUGAUACAAGACCCACUGGUGCUAUGAGCAGCUGCAGUGUUUAUAAUGCUGGUACACAGAGAAUAUCUAGUUAUGCUUCACAUGCACGUGCAGAGAAAAAUAUUAUCACUAAAAUAGUGAUAACUGUUACUAGAAACAUUUUUGCCAAUGCAUGUUUAUUGCAAAUCUGUUUCUUUCCAAAGAUGUAAUUCAUCUGUGUAUUUAAAUUUUGACCGGAGUGUCCCUUUAAUAAAAUAUAUAUAUAUUACCAUUU